AUGGCGGCGCGGCUGUGGCGGCUCUGCAAUGUCCUUAUGGCCGCCUUCUUCGGGCUGGCGGCCGCCGUGCAGGUGAACGACCCCGACGCGGGGCUGUGGAUGGUUGUCUACUUAGUGCCAGCUGCCCUGACACUGCUUGUCAGCAUCAACCCUUCAAUAACAGAUAAUGGUGUUUGGAGGAGCCUCUGUGACCUUCAUUCUGCUGGCUGCAUUUUUGGGACCAUUGCCUUGGCUUGCUCUUUGUUUGCCCAUGCUCAAGGAAACAUUUUUCAUGAAGAGGAAGGCAGAGAGUUGUUUGGUCUGGUGAUUAUUACAGUAUGGAUGAGUCUUUGUCGCAGUUCAGCAAAGAAUCCUCUGGGAGGAGUUCUCUUGGCUGCUGCAGUCAUCAUUGCCCUCUUCCCCUUUGUUUCGUGGCUGUACAUUUAUGUGAACAAAGACAUGCGAGAGUCUUGGCCAACGCACUGCAAAACAGUGAUGUAAUGGGGUGGGAGAAAGUCUACAGUAAUUAUGCUAACCUUACUUGCCUUUUGGUUUUGCUGCUUAACAAAAGAUGAGUGUCAGAUUGAUAGGACCCAAGAAUACCUGGCUGCUUCCAGCAGUGCCAACUGAGAUUUGGUAAAAUGUUGAGGAACACUCAAAUCUGAGUAGGGAAUUUUUCUAUGGAAACUGUUCGCCUUGCUGCUUCUUGUAUUUUCCAAGCAGCAUUGAUCUAAUGUCUGUUGAUGGUAUAUUCAAGAUGUCAUUGCAUCCCUGGAUCACUCUCCAAUAGUUUGGGAAAUCUACUACUCUGUAACAUAAGGGAAAAGUAAAGCAAAUACUAUUUUACUAAAUGACUAUUUACAGCCAUAGAACUUUCAAAAAUGUGCCUGGAUAAUCCAUUUCAAACUUACUGGAAAAGUGAACAGUCUGUAUUUCUGUCCUGUGCUAAAAUCACAUGUAGAAUAUAUCUGAAAAAAAUUAUUUUUGCUAUUAUCUUUAACUGAAAGUCACUGGUUUUGCUGAGUAAUAAAACUAUUUUUUUAAAGAAAACUCAAUGAAAGUCUCCGUAUCUUUUAUUUUCUGGGAGAUGCAUGUUCAAGCCUGUCACUAACAUAUGUGGGCAUGUCACAACUCUGCUGCUUACCUAUUUUUUCUUGGAAAGCAGGACCCACGCAGCAGCCCUGCAGCAGCAAGCAUGUCCCACUAUCCAUCCCGGAGAAGGAAGCACAGGUGGAUACACUGGACUCAGGAGGUGGCUGGGACAGAGCCAGGACAGCUCCAGGGGUAACACACAACACCUUUAUUUAGACAGGUGUCAGGGUUUGCUCUCUCAGCACUGCUGCAGGUGAUCUCAGCUGUGCACACAGAACAGCCCCGGUGUCUGCAGCAUUCCCUGGUGCAGCACAGAUGGGUCUCCAUUCUCCUUAGGCUCAGCUUUUUCUGACGAUUACUUCAGUCUUUUAAAGCAAUGUUGGAAGAGUGAAUUAGGCUACAGGUUGGAUAUAUUCUUCCAGACAUGAAACCUUACUGUAAUGUUCACAAAAAAUAAAUAAAUAGAGAUGUGGCUGGGCAGAUACAACUCUGCAUGCUUUAAUGCUCACUGAGAGAACAGCAGUUGAGCUUUUUUUGAACAAUAUUCAUUAUAUGGUUUGCAUCUUUUCACAGUAGCAAUCCAGUCCGGACUGGGUGUUUGAAAUCAGCAUUCUGCAUCCCAGUAUUUCAAGUACAGCAAUUUCACGAUUACAAGCUGCACCAUUUUGACUAAAAUUUUGGUCCGAACCCAAAGUGCGGCUUAUA